AUGGGGAAGAGGGGUUCUACGGAGGGCAUACUGUCUGCUAUUUUGAGCUUCAUCGGGUGCUCCCGUGGGAUGGAGGAGAAGGAUGAAGACGAGCCCAGGCGGAAAGCGAGGGUGUGGGCAAGCGACGAGGACUGCGGGUGGUGGGUCGGGGAGCCCGACAUCGACAUUAAGGCCGCCGCCUACAUCGCCCGGAUGAAGGCUCAGCUCUCUUGA